AUGUUGGUGAACCAUGCAAAGGAGCCUUACAGAGUUAAAGUCAUCGACUUCGGCGGGGCCCAUGAGGUGUCAGCUGCCACCCAGGGCGCCUACAUUCAGACCCUUCCGUACAGGUCUCCAGAGGUUAUUUUGGGUCUACCAUAUACCGAGGCCACAGAUAUGUGGUCUGUGGGCUGCGUCACUGCUUCCCUCUACCUCGGCUUCCUGCUCUACCCUGGCAGCAGUGAAUAUGACAUGAUGAGGUACAUAGUGGAGACUCAGGGUCAUCCACCCAACACCCUGCUCACCCUGGGACAGAAAACUGGCUGUUUUUUCCAACGCAACUCGAAGAAAAGUUUCUGGAAACUCAAGACACCAGAACAGUUUUAUCGUGCGACUGCGAUUCAGCCGUUGGAGACCAGGUGCAAGAAAUUCUACUCGCUGUAUCAUCUCUUGCCUUCGGAUGCUUGA